UAGAUAACCCAAGAUAAUCAUAGCAAGAUACAGCCAGUCUUAGAGCUAAGUACUGUGAAGUUAGCUUUGCUUCCUUGAGUUUUUGAAGCAUGCAUCUGUAUAAACCUGCUUGUGCAGACAUCCCCAGCCCCAAGCUGGGUCUGCCCAAAUCCAGCGAAUCGGCUCUGAAAUGUAGACGGCAUCUAGCAGUAACAAAGCCUCCGCCUCAGGCAGCCUGUUGGCCUGUUAGGCCCAGUGGAGCAGCGGAACGGAAAUACCUGGAGAAGUUUUUACGUGUCCAUGGAAUUUCGUUGCAGGAAACCACCAGGGCAGAGACGGGCAUGGCUUACAGGAAUCUUGGAAAAUCAGGACUCAGAGUUUCUUGCUUGGGUCUUGGAACAUGGGUGACAUUUGGAGGUCAAAUUUCAGAUGAGGUUGCUGAACGGCUGAUGACAAUUGCCUACGAGAGUGGAGUGAAUCUCUUUGAUACGGCUGAGGUCUACGCCGCUGGAAAGGCUGAAGUGAUUCUGGGGAGCAUUAUCAAGAAGAAAGGCUGGAGGAGGUCCAGCCUGGUCAUAACAACCAAACUCUACUGGGGUGGAAAAGCUGAGACGGAAAGAGGGUUGUCAAGAAAACAUAUUAUUGAAGGACUGAAGGGCUCCCUCCAGAGGCUGCAGCUCGAGUAUGUGGAUGUAGUCUUCGCAAAUCGACCAGACAGUAACACCCCCAUGGAAGAAAUCGUUCGAGCCAUGACACAUGUGAUAAACCAAGGAAUGGCAAUGUACUGGGGAACCUCCCGCUGGAGUGCCAUGGAGAUCAUGGAAGCCUACUCUGUAGCAAGACAAUUCAACAUGAUCCCACCAGUCUGUGAACAAGCUGAGUACCAUCUUUUCCAGAGAGAGAAAGUGGAGGUUCAGUUACCAGAGCUCUACCAUAAAAUAGGUGUCGGAGCGAUGACAUGGUCUCCACUGGCCUGUGGCAUCAUCUCAGGAAAAUAUGGAAACGGGGUGCCUGAAAGCUCCAGGGCUUCACUGAAGUGCUACCAGUGGUUGAAGGAAAGGAUUGUGAGUGAAGAAGGGAGAAAACAGCAAAACAAGCUGAAAGACCUUUCCCCGAUUGCGGAGCGUCUGGGAUGCACGCUACCUCAGCUAGCCGUGGCGUGGUGCCUGAGAAACGAGGGUGUGAGUUCCGUGCUCCUGGGAUCAUCCACUCCUGAACAACUCAUUGAAAACCUCGGUGCCAUUCAGGUUCUCCCAAAGAUGACAUCACACGUGGUAAAUGAGAUCGAUAACAUAUUGCGCAACAAGCCCUACAGCAAAAAGGACUAUAGAUCAUAAGGCAAUGCAUGAGCCGUAGGAGCUGCAUGGGUAAAGCAGCAGUCUAUACAGGUACAGAACGGUGUUACUAGCCAGUGUUCUGAAUCACUUAGCAGCCCACUGCUCAACCUCUAGUGUCCCCGGAUUCUGAGGUGUCUGCUGUCGCUACCACUGUGCACCUGAAUUAUGAACACAUCUGAAAACUCACAACCAGGAAAAUCCAUUCUAUUUUCUUAUCUGGGACUGCAGUCACCUAUUCUUACAUUGCUCUGUACAUCUCAUGUUUAUGCAAAGGGAAGCAUGUGGUGGGGGAAAGACAUAUUACCUUCAGGCAUUUAGUAAUUUAAAGAAGGUUGUACAGAUAUAUUUUUUCAAAUGAACAACAUCCACAGAUGCAACGUGGAUUGCAUCAGGAAGAGUAGGCUCUGUUUACUCAGAAGUCUUGCUUGAAAAAUCAGCUGAAACAAUUUUACAUUUUUUUUUUCUAUUUUCACAUUCAUGUUAGCAAGAGUUGUUUUCACUUGUCAUUCAACAGAAGUGAAAUGCCUAGGUAUUUGCUUUCGUUACCUUUUAAAUAUUUAGUGUUGCUUGGCCUCAAAAAUGGCCCUGUAUAGCAAUUCCUCCAAGGUGGUCUAGUAGGAUUCUAAUAAUGUUAUGUCCAUUUACAUGGAGAGAUGGUAAAAGGAUGAAGACCCUAGUCUUUAACCAGGGACAGUCUGGUUAAUUUAUGAAAGGGAGAAUUACACUACUAUGGAAGCCUAGCUUUUGAAUAAAAUGUAUCUGCAAUGAAGUGUUCAUUUUUACCUACAUUUUCCUAAAACCUGCUUUAUACUUUUGACUGCUUGUAGGCACAGCUUCUGCAAGUUUAAAUAUUUGAGCUUUAAAAAUAA